UCCCCUCCACGGCCGCCAUAUUUGUUGUUGUUGUUAUUCAAGACGAGUGAGGAAGGGAAUUCUUGCAAACGAAGAGAAACAUAGGAGAAAGAAGGGGAAAGGAAGAAGGAAAGAAAGAGGAGGUGCCGAGAAAAGAAGGAAAGAGAGGAUAGGAAGAAAGAGAAAAAGAGAUCAAAGGAUAGGAGGAAAUUAAAAGAUAGAUUUUGAGUUCAAGAGAUGCAGCCAAAGAAGUAAUGAUGCUUUUACACCAAACAAAAUAGAGAGAUUGACGAAAUAUAUGUAUGUAUAUAUAUUUGCAUAAACCUAAGGAAAAGGGCAAGAUAUAACCAAGAAAGAAAAGAAAAAAGAGAGGAAGAGGAAUAUACAAAUAAAAAUUAAAAGAGGAUGGGGAAGAGUGAUGGCAAAGGUAAUUCAGAUAUACAAGAAAAAACAGGAAAAGAUGAGAACCGAAGUGAAGAGAAGGCUUAGAUGGCACACCGUCUGAAGUGAAAAAAGCUUAUUUGCCAGCAACAAAGCAAUCUCGUACUAUCAACAUGGCCGAGUCGGGUGAAACCUUCGUUGCUUUCCAAGAAGGAAAUGAUUUUUCAACUGAUGGUUUGAGUAUGUCAACGCUACAUCCUCUUGCUCAGGGACCACUUGUAGUCGUGAAAUGCGAGAGUUCCAGCCUUGAGGAGAUGGUGGUGGGUGGCUGUGAGGAGAAAAUUUCCCUAGAACCUGGCCUUGGGGACGGGCAAUUAACACAUUUAGAGGAACACAGGUCUGGAGUCACUAAGGAGGAGGCAGGGUCACAGAAAAUGUGUAACUUCCCAGUGUUAGAAGUUAUAAUCACUCAUACGUCAGAUGAACAUAUUAAAAAAACUGAUGAUACCAUGGUAGCAGUCUACAAGUCAUCAUCAUCCAAGGAGGAGAUAGUCCUGAGCCUGAAGGAGAUACAGCCCAAGUCUCGGCACAGAGGUGACUCUGUGAUUUAUGUCAAUGAUGGCGAGAAUGUUAUCCACCUGAGCAGGUCAGUUGUGGAUGAGUACCGCAGGAAAUCCAACUACUUUGGACCCCUGAAGGCUGCUGUGGAGAAGGCCAAGCUGGUGCAGGAUGGAGAGGAGAAGGAGGUACUGAGGACCAAGCUGAUGCAGGUCAAAUUUGUGAUGCGGGAUGGCGCGGGGCAGGAGCUGAGUGGUGAAGAAAUGGUCAAGGCCAUGGCAAAAAUCCCUGGCAUCAUCCCGCCCUGUGACCCAGGGAGUAUUCAUGAUGGCAGUGAUGCCUGUCCACUGUCUCCCAACACCAAGGAGGAAGUCGUGACAAUCAGCUUUGGUGAAAAUGACCAAGUGGACAUCCCCAGGAGUGCCAUUGAGCAGUACCGUGCACUCUCCAAGAUCACAGAGCCCCUCACAGCCAAGAAGGAAAAGUCCUUUCGGGAGGAAAAUGGUAGAAAGGUCCCGGUCACUGUGAUAAGCUUAUAUCCAGACAAGGAGAGUGUACCAGUUUCCCCAGUGCAUGAAGAGUCAAUGCAGCAAGUAGACGAACAGCCAGCUAAGCCACGACGAGGAAGGCCAGCAGGGCGAGGAAAGAGGGUGAUUCGGGGUAGGAAAAGAGUCCUUCCAGAUUCUCCAGACACCAAGCCUCUUAUUGAUCCCCAGAGGUCUUUCAAGAGAGAGACCCCAGAGGAGCCACAAAACACAUCCUCAAACAGUGAAGCUGAGGAUGGUGGUAUCAGUGAGCUAGGCUUUGACAGUGGCAUUGUGGUUGUACAGACACCUGGACAUGAAGUGAUGUCGACAGAAGAAGGUUUUAUUGAAAAUGGGGUCACUGAGGUUGCCCUGUUGCCACUGCAGCUGCAGUCAGCACCCAAAGAUAUGGCAGCUGAGUUGACAUCACAGCAGGCAUGGAAAUACCUCACAGAAUAUGCCUCAGAGGAAGAUGCAGUGCAAGGUCUCGUCACACAAUUUAACAAUGAGAGCUGGUUGGAGGUGAAGCGUAUGUCAGACUUCUUCCAUUGUGAUGGUGAGGUUAUGACAGAUAUCUCAUUCAAGGCUGUGUAUAGGAAAGAUGAUACACGCAUUAGUUAUUAUCUUCGGGGCUUCAGCAGACUCCUGAAGACCGGGGAGCUAACCUCAGCAAAUGCUAUCAACCACCUGUUUCGAUGCCUAUCCCCAGACCGCAAACUAUGUCUUGGCCUAAAACCAGCUCUCUUUGAGACACACCUGGAAAGCCAUGAGCAACUUAGGCACUUCUUCAAGCAGAAAGGCCAUAUCAUCUCCACUCCAUUUGAAAGCCUAUUCUCGAAAGAGUGUAAAGGCAUUGUGGUGGUGAAUGGCAAUCCUACUUCUUGCACAUUCACCAGGGGAUCCAAAACAAUUGUUGGAGUCCAAGUCCUGUGUAGGGAGUGUGCGGCGCUUGGCAAGCAGAUGAAUCAACUGCUCAAAGGACAUUCCCACAAUGGAUCCUUGGCCAGGAAUGAGCUUCUGGGUGAAAAGUCAAUGCAGGAGAGAUACAACAACCAGCUCCUGAAGCAGCCUCUCAGAAGCAAAGGCCCGGCAUUGAACAGCAAAGAAAUCCGACACAUCUUCACCCAGAAUGUGUCCGAGAUCAUCUCAAGCCCCUCUGUGUCAGCCAUCAGUUUCGAACAGGAUGACAUAGAUCCUUAUGAGGAGCUUCCAGUGGCUAAGGGCAAGCGCAAGGUGGCGACCCGGAGAAGUGGGGACUUUGAGGGUGACGAGGAUCAUGUGAGGCCAAGCAUAGGGGUCUCAGAGGAGGAAUUCCUGAGGAUGAUAGACCUGUGCCCUCCUGCACCGGGCAUCCUGACGAGGUCUAUUGUUAAGAGAUGUAAUGUGUGCCAGUUCCGGGCUCCCACAAUGCUUGCCUUGUUCACCCACAUGCAGGGCCACAUGGGCGCUUUGAAGGAGAAGUGUGGGGAGUGUAAUGUCCAGUUGUCCAGCAAAGAGGCCAUGGAUGUCCAUAAAAAGCAGAUGCACUCUCAGCGCUCACCUGUGUGUACAAUAUGUCAGCUUGAUUUCACAACCAAAGACCAGUUGUUUGAUCACAUGAACAAACAUCGAAAUCAUCAUCCAUUUGAAUGUCCAAUGUGCGACCACAAGUUAACAAAUAUGGACGCUUAUAAAAAACAUGUUAGAUUGACUCAUAAGGUAAAGUCGGUGCGGGACUUAAAAUUUGCAUGCAAGACAUGCAACAUUCAUUUUUAUACCCGUGACCACUUGCUUCUACACCGUGUCAACCAGAAUCAUGAAGAUGUGGAUCCAUUCUCUUGCAAGGCUUGCUCUUUCAGCAGCACGACAGCGAACGAAUUCCGCAGCCACAUCUGGGAGCACUCUGAGGAGGAGCGGGAGAGUGCCAACAUCGCCAUCUGCCCCCACUGCUACAAGGUAUUUUUCUCAGCCUUCAAGCUCACAUUCCACUUGGAGACGAAGCACCCUCCUCAGGGGAAGGAAGCCGAGGCGCAGUCCCAGCCUAAGCUCGAGCCGGAUGCCAGUGAGCCGCCCAGGAAAAAGAAGAACAAGGGGCCAUACCUACGCUACCUGAGAGCCAACGAGAAGUAUGAGUGCCGCAAGUGCCGCAGGAGAUUCAAGACCCACGAGACACUGGAGAACCAUGAGAAGUUUUCGCAUGGAGAGAAAAAGGUUACCAAGUCGGAGUGCCAGUGCACGCUGUGCGGACGGAGGUUCAAUGCAUUACGGAGGCUAGCGAACCACAUGAAGAUCCACUCUGGUAACCGGCCUGUGUUCCAGUGCGAAGAGUGCGGCCAGAUCUACGGCAAAAAGACGCAGGUGCUGGAACACAUCCGCACCGACCACGCCGAACAGGUCCAGAGGCAUCAGCAGCAGCAGGAGCUCUUACAGAACAACCAACUGGAAGAGCAGGCACUGGUGGACAUCACGGAGCAGCCGCAGCAUGUGACGCUCGAGGGAGGCGCGUCCACCGCUUGGAGCCCCAUCAAGAGUCCCUUCAAGGUGCCGACGGUGGAGCAGACGCAGGAGGCUGUCUACAGUUUGUUGCAGUUGACCGACUUUUGAAUAUUGUUUGUUUAUCGUAUUUUGUAUGUUAUUACCAAAGAGUACUGUUAUCAGCUGGAGUCAGUCCAUCUGAAAUUGUGAUUGUUGUUAUAAAAUGUGUCUAUUUAUUCAGAGAAGACAAUAAAGUGAGGAAAUAAACAAACUAUGGUCUGUAACCAGUGAUGUCAAAUCUUUACUCAAAGAUUGAAAUGUGAUAUUUUUUAUAGGUACCAAUUUAUACUAAAUCAAUCCGUUUUUUAUUUAAUUUUACCUUAUAAAGUGAUAAUUUAUACAA